GACACAUGCGGCUGUCUUUCUCCUUGAUUUUGAACUUGCAUGAACUGCCAAAAUCGUGCGUGGUCUUGAAGCUUCCUGGUGAUUUCGUGACCUGGUGGAACCAGCUGUGUUGGACACUUUUGCUGCCUUUUUGUGUCUGAAAGGAUCCCAGAGGAAAGUCAGUUUGCGGUGAGGUGUGAACAUUAAAGUGAAUGUGGAGGAGGAGUUCUCACGUGGGGAGAGCGGUGGGGGAGCCAGGCAGAGGCAGAGGAAAACAGCAGCAACGCAGGCAGACAGAGAUGAAGGCUGGUCGGAAAGAGGCUUCAGUGCAAAAAGAAAAUGAGCAUCUUCCCAGCUCUGUUCCGUUGGGAGUCUUUCUAAUCUGAGAAGAAUGUGGAAGCUUUAAGUAGUGUCCAUCUAACGAGUCUGACAUCCACCAUGUCUGAUUUGGAGGAUUUCAGCCGGCCAGGAGGUCAGACCAACGUGUCAGAAAGCUACCAGCUGAACCCCACCAGCGUGAUCGUAUCCGUGGUCUUCUCCAUCAUCUUCCUGCUCGGCACCAUCGGCAACAGCCUGGUGCUGGCCGUGCUGCUGCGGAGUGGGCAGGUCGGGUACAACACCACCAAUCUGUUCAUACUCAACCUGAGCGUGGCUGACUUCUUCUUCAUCAUCUUCUGCGUUCCUUUCCAAGCCACCAUCUAUUCCCUGGAGGGAUGGGUAUUUGGCUCUUUCAUGUGCAAAGUGGUCCACUUCUUCAUCAACCUCACCAUGUAUGCCAGCAGCUUCACUCUGGCAGCUGUGUCUGUCGACAGGUAUCUGGCCAUUCGCUACCCGCUGCGAUCCCGAGAGUUAAGAACCCCGUGUAACGCCAUGGUGGCCAUGGUGGUAAUCUGGGGUUUGUCCCUUGUCUUUGCAGGUCCAUAUCUCAGCUACUACGACCUGAUUGAUUUUGCUAACAGUACUGUUUGUAUCCCCGGCUGGGAGGAGCAGAACCGUAAGGUGCUUGACACGUGCACCUUCCUGUUUGGCUACGUCAUUCCUGUGCUGAUCGUGAGCCUUUCAUAUACUAGGACCAUCAAGUACCUGUGGACUGCUGUUGACCCUUUGGACGGCAUGUCAGAAUCCAAGCGAGCCAAACGUAAAGUCACCAAAAUGAUCAUCAUCGUCACUGUGCUGUUUUGCAUAUGCUGGCUGCCGUAUCAUGUGGUGAUUCUGUGCUAUCUGUAUGGAGACUUUCCUUUUAAUCAGACCACUUAUGCCUUCAGGCUCCUCUCCCACUGCAUGGCCUACGCUAACUCCUGUGUCAACCCCAUCGUGUACGCCCUGGUGUCCAAACACUUCCGCAAAGGUUUCAAGAAAGUCUUUAGCUGCAUCCUGAUUAAAAAUGGAAGAAACAAGGUUCAUGUGGUUCACGUGGCCAACACCGGGCCUGGGUUCGAAGCAGGCUCCACGGAGGUGUCCCACAUGAACGAGGAGAACAUGCGGCAGAAUGAAUGUGAAAUGAUCAACAGGCCGAGACGAGUGGAGCCCAGAGAGGCCACAGUGACCCUGAACCUCCCGUUUCAUCAACCAACUUGACCAGUGAUCAGUGAAGGUUCAGAGCAGAUAGACUUAUGUGUACAUUGUCAAUCAAGGUAUGAAUUUUUAGAGGGCAAUGUGUAAAGACAAGAAGAAUGUAACUGUUAUGUUCAUUUCUCUCAACUCUUUGUAAUUCAUCAUGAAAUCCCUAAGAUGCCAUCGCAGAAAGUUGAAAAGCUUGUUCAAAUUCUCAAUUUCUCAUUUUUCAUGUUUCUAUUCCUUGAAAGAGUGGAACUAUGAAAAUCCAUUUUUAAAUGGUUGUUCCUGAUUACUGACUUUGCAUGUGAUGCCACGCCACUUUUGGAACCACCCCCUUUGCCACGAUGGUUGGCAGAAAGACUGUUUCCAAAUGUUGCAACUCCUGUGAGCUAGUCAAAACAAGCCUGUCCCCUUUUAUCACUUUUAUUUGGUUGAUUUCACAGCAACAUGUUAAUAGGUUGCUGUGCGGUUGGCUGCAUUAACAGACAAGGAUGUAAACUCAACUCGUUUUUUAAAAAUAACUUUGAUGAAGACUGAGGAUGGAGAUGAAGUGCAGCAAUCAAUCAAAUGCAUGAGUGGGUUUGUGUCCUCUAUUGUUCCAUUGAACAAAUCAAGCCCUCAAAGUAUUUCCGAAUUUGUAGCAAACACGUUUUACUGGGUAAAAUUAGCGUGCAUACCUUUUGUGAGGAUGACAGAGACUGACUGUUAUGGACCUGAAAUGAUAAAUGUGUUGUGUUUGUACUACUUAUUGAUAAUCCUAUAUUUUCACUUUGGAGGACAUGCUGUACUGUCCACUGCAGUGAAACGCGAGAUAAUUACUAGCAGUAAUAUUUUUGCAUUGUAGGAAUAUGUAUGUCAAAAUGAUGUUAUUUAUUUAGCGUGAUGAGAGAUAUCUUGUCCGGUCCUGGGCUGUGAGUAGCAUCUGAACCCGGUGACCCCCACAAGCGACUUUUUUUGUGUAUUUUCUUUCCAGUGUGAAGCGAAAUGCUGUUUAUUACAUAACAUUAUAAGUCCUGUGGGGUGAAUUCUGGCAAAGUCGGCAACUUGUUUACAUCAGUGAACAGCAGCAGGGAGAACAAAAGCUAGCGUUUGUAAGCUAGCUAACAAUUUGUAAAUACUGCUCUCGAUGAGCCCCACCUAGGUAUGCUAAAUCUUGCCACAAGUGAACUGGGCGUAAACUAGUAGAAACCGGGCUAAACUGGCAAAAUAAUAAUAAUAACCUCAGUUGCCCCUUUUUCCUCUCCGUUCAGUACUUCCGUACUUCACCGUUACCCCACCUAGGUGCGCUACUUCUGCUGAUGACUGAACUUGCCUUGAACUAGUUUAAGCCAUGCUAAACGUCACAAACAACAAUGACAACAACAACAAAAAAACUAUCUCAGGCGCUACUUUUCCCUUUGCUUCUGUUCCCCACUGUUUACAUGCUUUUGCCAACCAGCAUGGUGGACCCAGAUGAUAAGGUGAUUUAGGUGCAUAUGGUUAAUAAUCGGUCACUCUGAAUUUUUCAUGCAGGCUGAACAUGAAAACAGUGUCCCACAUCAUGUCUCCGGCAUUAGCUUCUGAUAGAAAAUAGAAGGUGAAACUCUAGGAUGUGAAACGCCUGACAGAUCUACGUCACACUGUCAUUUAACAUUCAUGGACUCAUCCAUCUUGACUUGUGACGGGGAAGGCUGUUGUUGGUUUAGCAUUCAAAACACAGCAGAGAACAUCUCGGCUAGAAGCUAACCGUUAGCAUUAGCAACUCCACCACAUGUGAGAUAAAACAUCAAUGUCGCAAACAGAGUCAGUAGUAGUGUUGCUUUGCUGUUAGCCAAUCCUAGACAAGAUGUCCAAAUAUCAGGAAAUAAGACUCCAAAUCCUGCUGUCUGCUGCCCCUCUCUGCUAUAGUGCUGAUCCAAGGACUACUGGGCUUUGUUGCCUUGAGUACAACUUGCAAGACUUUUAUUCCUACCAGGGACUACUGCAAAUGUAUUGAUUAAACAAGUUUCCCAAACCUUGAACUUUUAUUGAUCUCACGCCACAAAACUGGCCCACUUUGCAGUUUAAAGAUUGGCUUCUAUAGACCUAAAUCUGGCUCUGCGCCUCUUCUGUGAGCAGCGGGGAGGUGGUGCUUCUGUCGUUUCCACUCAUCCACAGAUCACUUCUAAAGUGCAUCAUCACUGUUUAUAUUUUGUGUUAUUUUCAGGGACUUAUCUAUUUUUCACAUGACGUCAAACUCAACUGUGAUCUUCAAGUUUAGCCUUGAACUCCCCCCUCAGUAAUCAGAGGGUGAAGUCUUUUUGUGAAACAGGGUGUUUGUUUUGUGUCGUGCAUGCAGAUGCUGUUCACUUGUCUCAAGGAACCAUUUGUGUAACUUAAAAAACAAUGCACUAAAUCUAGUCAGGAUAAUUUGUUAAAUGAACAAGAAGGAUUAAUUCUAAAUCAAACAGAUCUGGGUUCAAGUCGUCAAAUAAAAGUACACAUACGUUGCUUUACUUGUGUUUUGCAAUACUUGUAUUGCGGGCAUGUUUCUCUUUAGUGUAAAACCUUAUGCAUUUUAAUGAAUUAAUGUACAUAAUAUUUUUGUAUUUGAAAGUGUAUCAGAUGUUAUAAAAGCUGUGAAAUGAUGAUCACACAUUUGCAUCAUCAGUUUUUCCAGAAUCUGCUUGUUUUCCUGUAAGGCAGCAUCCUUUGUCAGAGCUGUUACGUUUGGGAUGUUUGAGCAUGAGAACUGAUGAGGAGGUGCAGUUUAAAUCCUGGGAAUCUAUUUUACAAACCUGAUGCUUUGUUACACCGUUCUCUUGUGUAUUUACAUAAACACACACACACGCACGCACACACACACACACACGGAUGAGGAGCAUUUUAACUUAUAAGACCAAAUAAACAAUGUUCUGUGAGGUU